UGCAAACAAUACAAGGUUUACUGGGAACCAAAACUGCAUACCAUGUUUUUGUGUUUUAACGGUAUGAUCUCCAUCAGUAUCGUCCAUGCACUAUUUCAAGAACCAGGACCUCAAAGGUCCCUGUUGUGAGCGCUUUCCGCGGCUUUCCGGAUCGGUUGCCUCGCCGAUUUCGCUCGCGAGGCUGGUAGCUCCUUAGCGUAUUAGUUCCGUUCCAUGGCCUUCCCCAUGUCUUCCGGCGGCCUUGCGCCGCUCCCGCGCUCGCCGCUCCCAUGUGGGCCCACGUGCUGGAGCAGAGCAGCGGUACGAGCUCCACGAGCGCUUGCACGAGCACGAGCUGCUGGUGAAAUCCAUAGGGUAGACGCGGCUUACCAUUUGCUUUGGUCGCCCAACUUUCUCCAAAGGACUGCUCUUGUCUCUGCUGUACUGCUCAUCCUGACUUCGGCACCGCGGCUUUUCCAUCGCGCCUGGGUCACGGCACCGCUGGUGGCACAUGCAUGGGAGGUUCUAUGUCCACUUCUGGCGAGCGCGUGCUGCGCUUUGCAACUGCUUUUCAAUUUGCUGAACGCUGGCUGCGCAGGGUUCAACAAGUACCUGGGGCCCUGGAGGCCUCUCUUUCUAGGAUUCCUCUUGACCAGCCCAAUGCCCAGCCUGCGCUGGCGUUGCGCUCAACUGAUCAUCGCCUUUCUGCCUGAGCUCCUCCACCUCUACCAGACUCGUUUUCGGCGCAAACGCCGUGACCGACCCCGCGGCAGUCUCCGCGCGCUGCGGAGAGUGGAGCUGAGGGUGCCGGGCAUGGGCUGCGUGGCCUGCAUCAACAAGGUGCAAGAGGCCCUCUCAGCCGUGCCCGGCGUGCACCUUUGCGACGCCUGGUUGGAACAAGGCGCCGGUGGCUUUGCCACCGUGAGCUGCACCCCGAGCACUUCCUCCGGAGCGCUUCUGAGCGCUCUUCACCACGCCGGCUUCGACGCGGAACGAAAGGACAGAGAUGGCCUUUUCGAUGGCCUUUUUGAUUUUGGAGGUCGACACGACGACUAGUUGGCCACUUCGUUAACAGACCACAGCCUGGCAAGAAUGUCCC